AUGGCUGACGGAUGCAUGAGACUUAGUGGAGCUGGCUAUCGAAAAAGAGCAUUAGAACAAGAUGAAGGACAUGCAACUCGAACGCUUGAAUUAUUUUACACAGAGACUAUUGCAGCAUUAGUAGCAAUUGAAGAAGACCCACAUGAAAAAGCAAUUACAAGGAACGAAGCUACAGGAAUACGUAUUCAACUAGAACUUUUGGAGACUGCAUUUAUGCAAGGUUUAUGGAGCUUCUUAUUGACAUCAUUCAAUGCAGUCAGCAAGAAAUUGCAAAAUGUGAAUACGACUAUUUCUGAAGUGAUCUCUUUGUUCAACGGACUCGUUAAAGUUGUGUCUGACACUCGCGAAGAAUUCGAUCAAUAUGAAGAGAAAGCUCUCUCUAUUUCUACAAUUCAGGAAUACAAAACACUCAGGCAGCGUCGAAGGAAUCAGAAUCUACAACCUGGUGAAAAUAGGGACAAUAGUAUCCAAUUGAGUGGCCGAGACAACUUUCGUGUCAACACAUUCAACGUUAUCUUGGACCGUACUUUGACAGAAUUGACACGGAGACGUGAGGCGUAUCAAAAAAUCUAUUCGAAAUUUUCUCUCAUCACUGAUAUGAAACAUCUGAGCAACGAAGAAUUACGUGAAAAAUCCAUCAUAUUGAGCCAAUACUACACCCAAGAUCUUAAGGAAAAUUUGGGAAAUGAAAUGGUCUUUUUCAAGGCAUACUGCACCGAAAAGAAGAUUUUAAAUUAUUCUCCUCUGGAACUGUUGAAAAUGCUGAGACAGGAUAAUCUGCAGAUCUCUUACCCUAAUCUUGAAAUUGCGUUGCGGAUGUUUCUUUCAAUUCCUAUUUCCAAUUGUAGCGCAGAAAGAUCGUUUUCUGUUUUAAAACGCGUGAAAAACUAUCUCAGAUCUUCAUUGAGCGAAAACAAACUGAAUGCUCUUGCGUUGCUGACUAUAGAGUCAGAUUUGUUUUUAUCUAUCGAUUGUGAAGAUAUUAUCCGCGAAUUCGCAGCUGAAAAAUCAAGACGUAAAGAACUGUGA